AUGGCACAGCAACAGUCCCCCCAAUCCCCUGCCUCGCCACCACACGAGAGUCAGACACCUGCUCUCAGUCUCUCAUUUAAACUCACACAAAACAGGCCUUCGUCAAGGUCUUCAUCAGUCUCGUCAGUGGCAUCGCAAGACACCAUGGCAACCGCCUCGACACAGGGCACGUCCACCUCCAUACAGGAAGAGAAUGCCUAUUUCGCGGCCAACCCUGCCACCAAAACCCUGGCAAACCAUGUCGCUCUGGCGCGAGAGUUUAUCAACUACCACGCCGAGGGUAACCGGCGUGUCGUUUUGAUCACCUCGGGUGGUACCACUGUGCCUCUGGAGAAGCAGACGGUCCGUUUCAUUGACAACUUCAGCGCCGGUACCAGAGGUGCCACCUCGGCCGAGUACUUUCUGGAAGCCGGCUAUGCCGUCAUCUUCAUGCACCGACAGUUCUCGCUGCUACCGUACAGUCGGCAUUACAGCCACUCCACCGACUGCUUCCUGGACUUCAUGUCCGAGGGCGACAACGGCAGCGUCGUUGCCAACACGGAGCACCAGGAGAAGAUGCUCAGAGUGCUGCGAAAGUACAACUCGGCCAAGAGGAACCGCAUGUUGCUCAUGCUGCCCUUUGUGACCAUUACCGACUACCUGCACGAGCUGCGGUCGAUAGCGCAGCUGAUGCACCCCCUCGGACCCAAUGGUCUGCUUUACCUUGCCGCUGCCGUGUCGGACUUUUUCGUUCCCUCAGACCGCAUGGCCGAGCACAAGAUUCAGAGCACCAACGCCACGGAUGCCCUGUCACCUGAAGCAUCGACGGCCACAAAGAUCCAGGACGAGGAGGCCUUUGACAAUUUCGACUCAUCGCCAAGUGUGCCGCGCAGCAAGAGACUCAUAAUCGAUCUCGACCCCGUGCCCAAGUUUCUCAAGAACCUGGUCGACGGCUGGGCGCCCGAGGGCAUGAUUGUUUCAUUCAAGCUGGAGACGGACCCGGCUAUCCUGGUCCACAAGGCAAAGUACUCGCUGGACCGGUAUCAGCACCACCUCGUCAUUGGCAACCUGCUCACGACGCGCAAGUGGGAAGUCGUAUUCGUCGCCCCCGGCCAGCGGGACCGGUGGAUCCGGGUGCCCCGGACGCGCAGGCGCAAGUCGGCGAGCGGCAACGAGGAGCUCGUCGGCGCCGCCGACAGCGAGUGGAUCCAGGACAAGCCCAUGGACCCCGCGACCCUUCCCGAGGGGGAGCCGGGCAUGGAGAUUGAGAGCCUGAUCAUCCCCGCCGUGCAGGAAUUACACGACAAGCACGUGGAGGAGUUCAAAGCGAAAGUGGCCCAGAAGUAA